UCUAGAAGAAAAGCAUCAAGGUUUCCAAACCCCCUAGGUACGUUUUCUGUAUCUGCUUUUUUGACUUCCUAUCUAUAUCACGUGACAACGCAUCACGGCACGCGCGAGCCAAUGCCGCAUCGGAAGUAUCAAAUCAAUACAUAAACGAGCAAGAUUGUUGUUUUAUGCGCUGCCAACCAUGAAGCAUGGCAGAGAAAGCUGCCUCGGACAAGGAACAUCCUCUUGCGGGGGUGGUCCUUUGCUUCACGUCCAUUCUACCAGAACAGCGGGUCAGUGAAGCGUUACCUUAUUCUCCUCUUGAAUUAUUGCUGUGCUUGCCUUUCCAUACCGCGUUGCUCGUACGAAUCAAGCGUCAUGACAACUGACAGCAUUCUACCCUAGACGGAGUUGGCUACAAUCGCGAGCCAGAUGGGAGCGACCCUCAAGCUUGAUUUAACCUCUGAUGUUACCCAUUUGAUUAUCGGCGAAAUCAAUACUACGAAAUACAAGUUUGUUGCGCGAGAACGAUCAGAUGUGACCGUUCUUAAACCCGAGUGGGUAGAGGCGGUGCGCCAAUCAUGGAUGCAGGGCGGGGACACAGACGUGCGAGCACUGGAAGAAGUACAUAAAUUCCCGACAUUUGCAGGGUUGUGCCUAUGUAUAACGGGAUUUGAGGACAUGGCAUUCCGCAAUUACGUCCAAGACACCGCUGUCGCACAUGGAGCCGAAUUUAGAAAAGAUCUCACGAAGCAAGUCACGCAUCUUGUGGCACGGGACACUGAGGGUCAGAAGUACAAGUUCGCGACUCAAUGGAACAUUAAGGUCGUUACUGUGAAAUGGUUCACCGACAGUAUAGAGCGGGGGAUGGUCCUGGAGGAGACAUUGUAUCAUCCUCUCGUGCCAGAAGAGCAGCAGGGCCAGGGAGCCUGGAAUCGCUCGUUACCAGCUGUUCGGAAGAGAGAUUCGGGUAAUGGCAAUCCAUCAAAUCCUCGACCAAGAAAGUUGCGCCGCAUUGCAAGUGCCAAGUUGGUGGAUCAGAACGAAGGGAUCUGGGGUGAUAUCGUAGGCACAGGCUCAAGAGAAAGUCAGCAGAAGGAUGAUAGUCAAUUAUUCACAAAACGCGCCUCUAUAGUCCAAGAGGCUAAGUCUUUCGCUAGUGAAACUACAUUUGCAGAAGCCCUGGAGCAAAGCCAUGUUUUCCAAAAGCCUCAUCAACGAACUUCAGAAGCGCCUAGCCACCGCGAUGGCUUUUUAGAUGGCUGUUAUUUCUUCAUCCAUGGGUUCUCUUCAAAACAGACUAAUGUACUGCGCCAACAUCUCUCUUUUAAUGGGGCCCAGUUGGUGGGUUCAUUGAGCGAAUUCUCUCGGCCGGAUAUCCCUAAGAGAGGCCAUAGCCUCUACAUAAUUGUCCCCUACAAAAUACCCCAAACGGAAGUUCCUUCCACAGAUGAUCUAGCGUUUGAAUGUGAUGUUGUAACAGAUAUGUGGCUGGAAAGGUGCCUUGAUGCUAAGGCAUUGGUACCCCCGGAAUCACAUGUUGCAAACACCCCAGUUCCUCGCUUCCCUAUCUCUGGGUUCGAUGGUAUGAAAAUAUGCUCUACAGGGGUCUCCCGUAUUAAUCUUCUGCAUUUAUCAAAGCUCGUGGUGUUGAUUGGUGCAACGUACAAUGAGUUUUUAACGCCAACUGCAUCUGUCCUGCUAUGCAACGAGGCUACUUCUACGAACCACGAAAAAUUACGGCAUACGCAUGAAUGGGGUGUUCCCGCUGUCUCUGUCGAGUGGCUAUGGACCUCUAUCCAAAAAGCCCAGAAACAACCAUUCGGGCCUUUUCUGAUUCGGAAACAACCCACGCAAAGCAGUCGAGACCCGGAAGCGCGAGCUGGUUCUUACCCCGAGCAGAGCGGACAGUCCCAGAAUACCAACAGAAGCAAUAAUGCCGCCAAAUCUCGAACUCACUCAGAAGAAGCCCAGCCCAACAAAACCAGCAGACGAACAGGCAAGGAAACAAACAAAGCCCCCGCGCGAGAUCCAACUCCUUUAAAAGAAGGCAUCGUAUCGAAGAAGUCAAGCACCCCACAAAAAGGAUCCUCCGACCCCCAAGCAAACCCGUCACUCACAAAAGAACAAACCCAACAAUGCAGCACAGUCAUAUCACCAAAGAGACGCCCCACCCUAGAGCAAGGAGCAGCCGAAACCUCCUUUUCCGCCAUCGAAUCAACCCUCAGCGGAUUCCUGAAACAGGCACGAGCAGCAAACUCGCGCUCCACAUCGGAUACAGCGGAGAACGGCGACCGUCCCCGUUCAAGGAGAAGGAAGCCUCUCCUUGGGCGAGCGCCCUCCCAUUCCUCUGUUCGUUCUACCGAACAUAAAGCUUUUUCCCGCGCCAGCUCAAUCGAUACCUUAAAUGAAGAUGGCUGUGGAAGUGCGAUAGAAAGCAUCAACACAGACGGGAUGCCCUCCCUUGUCAAUAGCGGACGAUUCGACUUCCCCGAAGGAGACCGCAACAAUGAAGAAGAGGAAUCAAGUACACUGCCUCCAAUGACACAAUUGAACUACGAAGAUCCGGAUGCUGUCGCCAUGCGUGAGAAAUUCCUCAAUCGGGCGGGUAAGCCAGUCGACAAGAAAGAGGCCUCUAAUCAGAACCUCGUUGGCGAGGUUAGGGAACUGGAAAACGUCGGUUGGGGCUCGGGUCGGAGAACGAGGAAUGCGGGUAAGGUGGUCGUGGAGGAUACUUUCUAGGUCUUGUCGGGUUAAUACCAUUUCUGUUGGGGGUGGAUGUUUGUUCAUGUUCUGAUGACUGUUUUAUGCAUGACAUAGAUAGCAUCAAGGUGGGCGUCUUCUGGUCAUUGCCGGAGUUAUGGAAGAGAUUAUUUUGGAAAUUUCCACUGAUACCACUUAUUAUCAUUAUUCUGAUAAGAUUCGCAUCGAGGAAGAUGAUGAGUUUUCUCC